AUGUCGGCCCAACCCUCCUUGAAGCAAACUUCCUCCGGAUUCGUCGAGAACGAAGGGGUGAAAACACACUUCUACGUCACAGGCGAGGGUCCUUUGAUGGUCUUUCAGCAUGGCUUCCCCGACAACGCGUCCACCUGGGACCAUCAGGUGGCUGAGUUUUCGAAAACACACACCGUGGUGUGCCCUACUCUGCGUGGCUAUCCCCCAAGCGACGUCCCUCCAGUCAGCGAAGCAGCCUACAGUCUGAAAACAGUCGUCGGCGAUAUACUGGCUAUCCUCGACCAUUUCAAUGCGCCGAAGGCCAUUAUUGCAGGCCAUGACUUUGGAGGUGCAGCGAUCCAGUUGCUAGCACUCCUUCACCCGGAACGCGUCUCGAAGCUCAUCAUAAUCAACUCUCCCGUCGUCCCUCGCUUUUACGAACUCGUGAACUUUGACAAAGAUCAGCAACGCCAAUCGGAGUACACAAUUUCGUACAUGAAGUAUCAACCAGGAGACGACAAGAAUCUGGACAUGGUGGUUGCACCUAUCAGCGACGAAGAAUAUCGUCGCAACAUCCGCAACUAUCUCUCAGAGUCACCGAUGGAGGGUAUGUUGGCUUACUACAAAUAUAACUACCCGGCCCCUCCCUACGGUGUGAAGGUUGAUACCUCCGUCAUGUUAUAUCAAGUUCCUACUCUUAUCAUCUGGGGAUUGGAUGAUCCUUAUUUCUCACUCAAGAUGUUGGAUCAAAUCCCAAAGAAUUUCAAGAAUACCACCCGCCUGGUCACAAUCCCUGGUGCUGCUCAUUGGUCAUUCCGAGAACAGCCAGAUCAAAUCAACCGGGAGAUCCGGUCCUGGUUGGAGCUUCAUGCCCUGGACUCCAUUUGA